GUGUAGUCCGGAGAAGAAGCAGGAAACAGACUUGCUGAAGGAUGUAUGUAGUGUUUAUUUCCUGAGCUGUGGAUUGUUUAUCUGAUUUCAUUUUGCCAUGAGGAGGGUCACACUGUUUGUAAACGGAACCUCGUCAAAUGGAAAGGUGGUGGCUGUGUUCGGCUCUCUGGAGGAUCUGCUGUCCACUGCCAGCUGUAAACUGGGGAUCAGAGCCUCCAGUGUUUACAACGGGAACCGCGGCCUCAUAGACGACGUCACGUUAAUCAGGGAUGAUGAUGUUCUGUACGUCUCAGAGGAAGACUCAUCUGAGGAUCCUCAGGAUGACCUCACUGACCCUGAGAAGGAUCAGACUCACACCGAUUGGCUGACGCUCAACGUGGGUGGACGCUGCUUCACCACCACCAGGAGUACGCUGGUCAGUAAAGAGCCGGAGAGUAUGCUGGCCCACAUGUUCAGAGAGAAGGAUGUUUGGGGGAACAAGCGCGACUCUCACGGAGCGUUUCUGAUCGACCGCAGCCCGGACUACUUUGAACCCAUCCUGAACUAUCUGAGACACGGCCAGCUGAUCAUCAACGAGGGCAUCAACCCACUGGGUGUGCUGGAAGAGGCUCGCUUCUUCGGGAUCGAACAGCUGGCUGAACAACUGGAGACUCUCAUAAAGUCCUCUCAGCCUCCUGAAGAUCACUCGCCUCUGAGUCGGAAAGAGUUCAUCAGAUAUCUCCUCGCCACCACCACCAAAUCAGAGCUGCGCUGUCAGGGUCUGAACUUUAACGGGGCGGAUCUAUCCCGUCUCGAUCUGCGCUACAUUAACUUUAAGAUGGCCAACCUGAGCGGAACCAAUCUGAGCCACGCUAACCUGAGCGGGGCCAACCUGGAGAGAGCCGACCUGUCGCUGGCCUGCCUCGACGCUGCUAACCUGCAGGGAGUGAAGAUGCUCUGCACCAACGCAGAGGGAGCUUCACUGAGAGGCUGCAACUUUGAAGAUCCUGCAGGAAUCAAAGCCAACCUGGAGGGAGCCAACCUGAAGGGCGUGGACAUGGAGGGCAGUCAGAUGACAGGGAUCAACCUGAGGGUCGCCACGCUGAAGAACGCCAAACUGAAGAACUGCAACCUGAGGGGGGCCACGCUGGCAGGAACCGACCUGGAGAACUGUGACCUGUCAGGCUGCGACCUUCAGGAGGCAAACCUGCGCGGCUCUAAUGUGAAGGGAGCAAUCUUUGAGGAGAUGCUGACCCCACUGCACAUGUCUCAGAGUGUGCGGUGAACAAACACACACACACACACACACACACACACACACACACACACACACACACACACACUGACACUUUCCUCUCUCCACAAACUCCUCGUUAAAGACCAUGAAUGCCAAAUGUGUUGCUCCGAAACCAAACACCAACAAGUGUGAACUCCUUAUGAAGACAUUUUAUUUGGAUCUGUCAGAUAAAGAAGAACAUGUCCGUUAGAAACAUGUGUGUGUGUUCCUGCUUUUACAGCGACGGUAAACAUGUCUCUGAAUGUAGUUGUGGAUUGUUAAUGAUGUUCAAAGUUGUUUCAAAUACAUCCUAAUUAAAUGUACUCAAUGCAACGCUGAAAAAAUGAACCAUUUUAAUGUCUGAACACUGAAUGCUUCUUUAAAGCUGAAAUAAUCCCAGAUUGAAACGCUCAAUUUUUUUUAUUGCAAAUAGCAGAAAUAAUUCAAGUACAUUUAAAUAAAUAUAUUUAAUAAAAUAAAUACAUUUAAAUAAAUAUAUUUAAAUUAAAUAAAUACAUAUAUAUAUUUAAAUUAAAUAAAUAUAUUUAAAUUAAAUAAAUACAUAUAUAUAUAUUAAAUAAAUACAUAUAUCUAAUUUAAAUAAAUAUAUUUGAAUGUGCUAAAAUGAUGGUGGGCUGUUGCUACAAAGGGAUCUUAUUUUAUUUAUUGUUUGCUAUUAUUUUUUAUAUCAAUUCUCAUGUCUUAUAUAAAUUCCCAAAUAAAUGUUUGGGCUUUUUUGCAUUUUUUCACUGUGUAUAAAUUGGAAGGAAAUCCAAUUAAUCAAACCAAGAAAAUAUUUGUAAAAAAGGUAUAACAGAAAAGGUGUUUAAUUUCCUGAGAUCAAAACACAACGUGAAGCAGCAUUUUGUGACCAAAAAAGAGUUCAAUUCAAAGCGGUUUGAGUCUUUGUGUGUAUUUAAACAACCUCACAGUUUAAAGGUGCUUAUUGAAACAUGUCCUGAUCAUUUAAAAACACAGCUCCGAUGUUAGAAAUGCUCGUUUAAAUUCAGUAAAUAACUAAUCCUCAGAGCUCAAAGUCAGAUAAAUAUGAUCCAUGAUUUCUGCUCAUUGAACUGCUGUAUUUAAUAUCAAUGAUGUAUAUUUGAGUAAAUGUCCGAUGCUACUGAAUGUGUCUGUAAGCUCGUUACAUGUAAACUGAUGUGAAACCGUCUUUUCUGCUGAAUCAUGCUUAUUUUAUAAUGUUUAAUGAAUGUUUUUCUUUAAAAAAAUUAAACGUUUCGGCAUGUUUUGAAUUUCUUUA